AUGACAGAAGGACUUCGUGCAUUGUGCGCACAGUGCCGAAAACCCCUCUGUGGUGCGGUGCUGGCAAGCGGUUGCAAUCACGUGUUUCACAAGCCUUGCUUUGUGGCAGGUGCCAGCUGCGGCCACUGUGGAGAAACCUUACGCAGCGAGACCUCGUUGAGCCUCUACAACUUAUGCUGCGAAGAGAAGAGUGAAUAUGCUGCAUAUGCUGCGGAUGUCAUGGCUGCUGCAGCCAAACUGAGGGCAUCACUCGAAGGCAUGGAGGAUGCGGAUGGCACGAUCUUUGACCCUGACUUUGUGGUACAGGAGUCCGAAGGACGUGGGGUGGACGAAGUGGCCUUGCUAUGCUUGAAACGUGAGAGGAUCAACUCCAAGAGAGAAGAGCUGGACUCGGAGAAAUCAAGGCUCCACACAUCACUCGAGACGCUGGAGCACCAGCAGAGGAAAUUGCGGGUCCGACAGAGGAUGACAGAGAAGCUCCAGGAAGAGCAAGCAAGCGAGAAGAAUAAGAUCCAACGCUGCAAUGACGAUCACGAGAAAAUGUUAGCUGAGCUGAACGAGGUGCGGCAACGUGCUACUAUUGUGGAGUAUUGGGACUUGCUUCGUAAUGGUCAGGAGGAUGAAGCUCUCCAAAAGCUCACGGCGCUCAUUAGCAUGAUCUCGCACCCGUGGAAGAUACUUGCGCACAUGGCACGACUGAGAGAUCACUAUCGAAAGUUGUCUGACAACCACGACCGUGAGCGUGCCCAAGCAGAUCGGCAGCUACAGCAUUUAAAUCGCGAGCGGGACGAGUUGGAAAGGCACGGAAGGGGUCAAAGGCUGCUGGACCAAAUUAUGCGCUCCCUUUGUCCAUUCUUUAAAGUCUUGAAGAUUUCGUAG